AUGGCUGUUUCAGAAGCAGUUAAGACAAUGAAGGCCGAAAUUAAAGCAAACGGUCCAAUUACGGGUAUAAUGGAUGUUUAUGAUGAUUUCUAUCAUUAUGGUGAAGGAGUUUAUAAGAGAACAACAAACAAAAAUCCACAAGGACAUGCAAUUCGUUUAAUUGGUUGGGGAACUCAAACAUGUUCAGGAAAAGUCCAACCAUUUUGGCUUGCUAUUAAUUCAUGGGGAAAAGACUGGGGAAUGAAAGGAGUAUUUAUGAUUGCUCAAGGAAGUAAUGAAUGCAAGAUUGAAACUUGGGGAGCUUAUUUUGGGAAACCUAAAGUUUAAAAGUCGAAAUUUUGUGUAUCAGUGUUGCCGCGGGUACUUAAAAUCUUCGGGUAAGGGUUCCGGGUUAUAAAAUUUUCAUUUCAGGUCAAAGGUUUCGGGGAGGCAAAAAUAUCGGGUCACGGGUUUGGCGAAAAAUUCGGGUUAUUUUCGGGUGUUCGGGUAUUGGUAAACUAAAUUGUAAUG